UCUGGUCCUAGUAUCACCACUGACAAUACUGAGAUCCUCAUCACUACUAUUGGAGAGGAUGGUGGUCUCCCUUCUCUCACCUGUCACACUGAUCUCAUUGCCUGCUGUAGAAGUGUUGCUGACAACAAUGGUAUGGGAGGACUGGGACAGUGGACGUAUCCUGAUGGGAGUGAAGUACUGAGCAAUGGUGGCUCAGCGCAGGCUGGACAGCAGUUCUACAUUAACAGGAAUGCACCUCAGGUCAUCAGACUAAACCGUAGAGAGGCUAACAACCCACUCACUUGAACCGGGUCCUACUGUUGUACUGUACCAACUACUGGAGGAAAUAUGGCCCUCUGUGCUAACCUGGUUGCACCUACUUCAGUCACAUGUUCUGAUAAUCUCCCGACCAUCUCUAAUGGAGCUAUAACCUAUGCUAGUGGAUCUCCUAACAACAGACCAGUGGGUGCUACAGCCACUUACAGCUGCUUUGGUGACUACCGUCUGGUUGGAGUGUCAGUGAGGACUAGUACUUGUGGGAGUGAUGGAGAGUGGAGUGGGUCAGCUCCAGUGUGUCAGCUAACCUGCUCUGACCUACCCUCACUGACAAAUGGGGACAUUGACUAUGGUGGUGCUGGAUCUACUAACAGCAGACAAGUGGACACUAUGGCCACCUACACCUGUGACACUGGCUACACUCUCAAUGGAGUCACCACCAGGACUUGUGGGAGUGAUGGAGUGUGGAGUGGCAGUGGGAAUGGGCUACCUCCUAAUUGCCAGCCUAACUGCCCUGACCUACCCUCACUAGCCAAUGGGAUGAUUAUGUACAGUGCUGGAUCCACUAACAACAGACCUGUCGGCUCUAGUGCUACCUACAGCUGUAACCAUGGCUACACUCUCACUGUUAGUACCACCAGGGUCUGUGUGACUGAAAGGAUCUGGAGUGGGUCACCUCCAACUUGUCAAGGUGAGCUCUGUAACUCCUACACAAAGUCAAUUUGUAGUUUCUCAGGGUAUCAUUCCUAAAAUAGCAACCGGAUUAUGAUAAUGAUAUUCAUAUAAUUUUAA